UGAAGCAUCCAACAGAUUCUCCGUGCCCUCAACAGCUCUUAAACUGCGCCAUUCCCUUGUGAAAGUGUCGUAUAUUUUGCAAGGAGAGGCUCUGCGUCAAGGGGAUGAUGACUUGAAGUCGAAAGCAGAGCAAUUCAUGAAGUUGAUUGAACUUGAAUGGACGACACAUGUGUCAUCCAAUGCCCUGAAAACAUUGUAUCAGAAGAAAUGGAACAGCCCCCAAAUACUGCCCUUGUCGGAAGACAUCAAAAAGCUCCAGGACCACCUGAAAUGCCAUGAGGAGGUUCACAAAAAAAUCUUACAGAUCAACCGACACAAAAAUCAUGGAGUGAGCUCUCCCAAGUCACUCUGGCACAGUUGAUCCUGUUCAAUCGCCACCGUGAAGGAGAAGUUUCGAGAAUGGAAGUCAACACAUACUUACAGAGGAGCAAACACAGCAUGCAUGAUGAGAUUUUGGAGAGCCUUUCACCGUUUGAAAAGAAACUGUGUGAGAAUCUCAUCAGGGUAGAGGUACGGGGGAAAAGGGGCCGCAAAGUACCUGUGCUGUUCCCGACAAACAUAAAAGAUUCAGUGGAACUUCUGAUUCAAACAAGAGAAGAGGUUGGGAUUUCCCCAACCAAUCCCUACAUUUUUGCCCGUCCAUUUUAUGGAUCCCAGGAAAGCAUUCGUGGAUAUGACAGCUUGAAACGGUUUGCUGAGAGCUGUGGAGCAAAACAGCCAGGGAAUCUCACAUCAACUAAACUGAGAAAGCAUGUAGCCACAGUUUCACAGCUCUUAAACCUGCAAACCCAUGAACUUGAUCAGCUGGCAACUUUCAUGGGACAUGAUAUUGAGGUCCAUAGGGAGUUUUACAGACUACCUGAAGAAACACUACAGAUGGCGAAAGUCAGUAGACUCCUUUUUGCUCUGCAAGAUGGAAUGGGCAAAUUCAAAGGGAAAUCCCUGGAUGAUAUCACACCAAACAUCAACUCUGAAGAGGAGUCCAGCAACUCAGAUGCAGAUGUCCAAUCUGAGGAGAGUGCUACCAGAAAUCAAAAGGAAACUUCAGAGGAUGCACACCGCAAAGAGAGGCCUGCUACAUCAAGCAAGACAACUGAGGGCUUUAAAAAAUCAUCAUUGCCAUUGUAUCAAAAAGGGAAAUCCAAAAGGCCCUGGUCAAAGACAGAGCGAGAAGCCAUUGGAAAAACAUUUCAAGGACUUCCUGAAGGAAAUGAAGAUCCCUGGAAAAGAGGACUGCCAAAGAUGCCUAAAUGACAAUCAGGCCCUAAGGGAUAAUGGAAGAGACUGGAAAGCAGUGAAAUACUUUGUGCACAACAAAAUUACAGCUAUGAAGAGGACUUUGUGCUCACUACGAUAAGACCAGUAAUGUUGACACCUCACAUUAUAGAUCACCCCAAACCAUCUGGAUACUGAGAGCUCGCAUUAUGGAGUACCAAGGUAACUACCUGAUCACUGGGAG